AUGAGUUUAAUACCUGGUCGUUCUCCUCGGCUGAAAUCGGAUCUUUGCGUUUUGGAUUCACUCGGAGAGGAACCCCUCCUCUUAUUCCAGAAAUGCAGGAAGCCGGCGACGGAGAGGACAAUGACGGCGAUUGCGACGAGCUUCAAGGACACCGACUUGGAUUGGGAAUUACGAGGGAUGCUAAGGGUCGCGAUGUUCCCGAACUCCAACGUAGCCCUCGACCAGAUUUCCCACCUGGCCGUGCCCGACGGCGACACCAUGCAGCGCAUCACCUGCUACUUCGCCCAGGCCCUCGCGGACAGGGGAUUGAAGAACCUCACCAAGUCAGCAACGGAACUAAUCCAGGCCAUUCAGAAGAUUGAUGGUGACAAUUACCCUGAGAUAAAGUUCGUCGAAUUGUUCCCGUUCUCGAAAGUGGCUUUCCUGGUGGCCAACCAGGCCAUCAUCGAGGCCAUGGAGGGCGAGAAAAUGGUGCACAUAAUCGAUGUCCACGCCGCCGACCCAAACCAGUGGCGCGCGCUGCUUCAAGACCUCAGUGCCGGCGUGCACCUCGUGAAAGAGGUGAUGGAGCAAAUGGGUGGGGUUUUAUCCGAGGAGGCAAAGAAAUUGGAUAAUUAA